CCUUCUCUCCUCUUCCCUCUCCACGCCCGGCUCAGAUCCCGAGCCUCCGCAAGCCUUAGCGUCGUGCAUCAACGUACACGCGGCGGUUCCUCAACAAGAAACAAGCUUCGAGUAUGGCGCUCAGGUCCUUGAGCCGAGCCGGGGUUGAAAUGGGUGCGAGGGUAGUUGGAACGGGCAGCAAGUGUUGUCGGGUGCCUCACGCCACCAGGCACGUGGGUGGGGCUGAGCGGAAGAUGUCAUCCGUCGUCGGGCAGGGGCCAGGGCACCGAGCACCGUCUUUCCGACAAGGGUCGUUGGGUGCCGGAACGCAGCUGUUCAAGCUGGUGGAGACGGACCUCAUGUCUAAGGAGCUCACUCGCUACGGUCCUGCCGAUGCCGAACAUUUGGGGCUGCACUCUAUCCAGGAUGUGCUGUCCGACAUCGCCGCCGCCACCCUCACGCCCCACAAGCUCGCCGCACCUGCCGUCACUGCGGUUGCUCCGUCUGCGGAAGUGGCGUCUGUGCCGGCUACGGAGGAGCCGGCAGCAGCGCCAGCUGUGCGAGAGGAAGAGGUGCUUGCCGCAUGGGGGCUGGGACCUGUUGUAACAGACGGUUCCGAGGUUGAGGGCAUACAGGCACCUCCUGUGGGAGAGGUCGGGGAAGAGGGAGGGGAGGUAUCGAACGAGAAGGUGGCAAUCAAGCGCACUUAUCAGCCGAGCACUCUCAAGAGAAAGAGGAAGCAUGGCUUCCUGUACCGCGCCAAGACGCGCCUGGGCAAGAAGAUCCUGCGAAGGCGUCAAGACAAGGGUCGCUGGAGGCUGGGCAUCUAAGGAAACCGACCAGUUUAUUGCGUCCCCUGGCUCGGCGCUUGGGAGGCACAUCGUUGUACAUAGAGUUAAGUGAUUUGGAACAAGUAGUAGAGAUUUUUCGGAGGCAACGUGACAGUCUUCUCGGAAAGUUCCAAAUGGUGGGAGAAAGUAGGCAGAAGGCGUAAAAGGACCGGGCAGGUCGACUGUUCCCUGCUCACACGGAAGCGGCCUUUUGCCCCCGGUUUAAGUUGUCUUGUGCGCGCACCUCUGGAGAUGGGAUGUCUUGUGCGCAUCAUACGUAGUUUGUCGAGUGUUCGUAGAUUUUUGGUCCCAUUGCAAGAACACAUAUGCAUAAGUGCAACAUAGACACGAAGCACCACGCAACAACGAGGAAGGAGAUGGUAUAGCACUCCAGGGGCGGCCGUUGUUUCUGAGUUGCGCCUUAUUAAACUUUUCAUUUUCGGAGCAUCGGUGUACCUUGCGAACGAAAGUAGGAACCGUUCUUGUUAUAGCUUGUAGACCUGAGGUGGAGUUCCGGUGUCUUCCGUGUCUCUCUUUUAGUAGGCGGGUGGGAUUUGAUUUGACUCAGGCGACAGUUUCUGGUUGAAACCGUGCUGAAGCUCACAUGUUUUCACUCAAUAGCACUCGGACAGAUGAAUGACAUUGAAUGGUGUGCCGGCAAGAUCUU